CUUGGAUUAACAGGUUAACAGAUACUCUUCUCUUCCCGUUUCAUCAGCAUGAUUAAUGUUACCUUUGUACAAUCUUUUUACCAACAAACUUUCCAACUGAGAAAUAAUUUAUUUUUUAGACUCAUAAUUACAAUUGUCCAACGAGAAUAAAUCAUCAAUGUUUAUCUGUGAAUAGAUCAAUAAAAAAGAGUAAAUAUAAUUAAAAAAUUCAAAAUGUGCGGUAUUAAGUUACAAAAAAAUUUAACCCUAGUGACUGAAUCUACGGUAGCAACGCGACAGUCAACAUUUGGGCAAGGUUCAUCUGAUAAUUGGACUAAAUCAUCAGAUUCACAAUUACCAGCAAUUACACAAUUGUCACCAAUUAAGCUGAAAACUCGUGAUUUCAUUUUAAUAGCAACACUCGCCUUUAUCAAUACAAUUACGGGAGCAGCUUAUUGUGUUUUAGCGCCCUUCUUCUCUAAAGAGGCUGAGGCCAAAGGAUUAUCUCCAUCAGUCUAUGGUAUUUUAUUUUCGAUCCAAGAAGUUAUUGCGUUCAUUUUGUGCCCAAUCUAUGGCAAAUUUUUACCUAAACUUGGAUUUCGAGCUACAAUAUUAACCGGAACUUUUGUUGGCUCAGCUGGUAUCUGUCUAUUUGGGGUAUUAAAAUGGGUGUCCGAUGGAAGCACAUUCACAACCUUUUGCGCCCUUAUCCGUUCUUUUGGAUCAGUUGGACUAGCAGCAGUAUCAGCGGCUUGUUACGGCGCAAUUCCUGUCUACUAUCCAAACCAUAUAUCUCAAAUAUUCGGUUUAGUAGAGAUGUGUUAUGGAAUCGGAAUGAUCAUUGGACCCUUACUAGGAGGAUGGCUUUAUGAGGUUGGUGGAUUCGAUUUGCCCUUUUUUGUUUGUGGGGCCCUUCUUUUCCUGACUUUUCCAAUUCUUUUUGGCAUUUUCCCUAAAGUUGCCAAGAUCACAAAGAAUGAUAAAAGCGCUGGUCUAAUCAAAGUGUUGUCCAACUUCCGCAUAACACUACAAAUUUUGAUUACAGUGUCUCUUUGCAUUGUAUUUGGUUUUAACCAAUCUAUGCUGGAACCUCAUAUAAGAAGUUUUGCCAAACUUCGAACCACAGCAGUUGGCCUUAUUUUCUUGUUAUCAGGAUUAUUCUAUGGCGUUUUCACAUGGAUUGUUGGUCUAAUUGUGCCUAAAUUUAAAGAUCUUACAUUUAUGAGCAUUAUUGGUAAUGUAGCAAUGGUGAUUGCUUUCAUAAUUGUUGGGCCAAUUUAUCCUUUGCCGAUCAAACCGAGUAUUACAUUGGUCGUAUUGUCACAGAUCUUUUAUGGAAUGGGUAUGGCUGUUUGCUUUGUUGCAAACUUUACCCAAGCCAUGCGGGAAAAAGAUUUAUCAGAUUUAAAAUCAGACGUUGGCGCUGGUUCUAUAAUAAGUAGCCUUUUUGUUUCAGCCUAUGCUCUUGGAACCGCUCUUGGUCCGAUAAUUGGAGGUUAUCUUGUCGAGCAUUUCAAUUUCCCUGAAGCGUGCGUUUUCAUUGUCCUUUUAUCAGUAUUUCUGAUAAUCCUUAUUGUUGGAACUAUGUUAUUCCAUAAGCGUAAACCAUUUGUCGAUAAAAGCGCCCAAUUUAAGAAUCGAGUUGAACCAGUGCGUUAUUGAAUGAGACAAUUGCAGUAUUAUUUAAGCCAGCAACAAUAGUCCAGAAGAGAGCACGACACGACUGCUAAAAGUAUAAUGGCCUCAAGAGGAAACCUUUUUACUAUCCAGGAACCAAACCUCUGUAAUUGUGGAACAACUUGAAACAUUUCGACAAUUUGAGAAACAAUUUUGGAACACAAUAAUGGAAAUUUUUCAUGAAAGUCACAUUCACCUUUUAUUUAAUUGAUAAAUUAAAUUAUUCA